AUCUCUCAUAGGAUCACCGGCAUUUCUUGCAACAGCUUAUUAUUCAACGGGUACAAAUCGCGUAUAUGUAUAUUCAGGAUUUCUACAACCUCCACUUUAUUAUGAAAAUGGUAGUUUAGCUUCGAAAUUUGGAGCACUUGGUUGGAUUAUAAGUCAUGAGAUUAUGCACGGAAUAGGUAUCCAAGGUGUACUGUAUGAUGAGAAUUGGAAUAAACGGACUUCGUACGAUGCUUUAAUGUCAUCCACUUUGAUACAUUUGAAGGCUGUAUGUCUGAGUCAUCAGUAUGUUUCCUAUAAUUACACUAAUUUAAAAGCUUUUCGCACUGAUACUCAAGAAGAAAUGUUGGCUGACAAUGAUGGAUUAAAAGCGUCGUACCAUAACACUCAUCCUACAUUCUUUGUUCCCCUUGAACUUGGAUGUGAAUGUUGUAUACGUCAACACUUUCAUAAAAAUCAUCAUAUCACCCAUGUCAUUAUUCCUGAAAUUCAACCGAAAAUUAUUAUUCGAAUUUACUGUUAA